AUGAAAACCAGGGGAGCUCUCAAGAAGAAAGCAAACAUAGCACUGAUCUCUCAGAUUGAGCCAAAGAAAAUAGAGGAAGCUCUUAAAGACUCAAGCUGGAUGCAAGAGAUGCAGGAAGAGCUAGAUCAAAUCGACAAAAAUCAAGUAUGGAAAUUGAUAGCCAAACGUGAAAACGUUCCUGUAAUAGGAACAAAGUGGGUCUUCAGAAAUAAGCUCAAUGAGGAUGGAAAAGUUGUAAGAAACAAAGCCAGAUUAGUUGAUCAAGAAUUCACAACAAGAAAUGCUGAUCUUGAAGGUGAUAACGAAGAAAGAAAAAGCACAAGUGGAACAUGUCAAUUACUUGGCAAAGCAUUGAUAUCGUGGAAUAGUAAAAAACAAGGAUCAGUUGCACUAUCCACAACUGAAGUUGAGUAUAUUGCUGUUGGACAAUGUUGUGCACAACUACUGUGA